GCUGGUGAGAGAGGUGACGGGGGUCAACGUGAACAUGCGUGUGGGAAUCCAUAGCGGCAGGGUCCACUGUGGGGUGCUGGGACUCAGGAAGUGGCAGUUUGACGUGUGGUCCAACGAUGUCACGUUAGCCAAUCACAUGGAGGCUGGGGGUGCGGCAGGGUACGUCCGGACAAUCCCGACAAACCAGUACACAGUCACUCACCCAUUGACACUACUAGGCUGUGUUCCAAUAUACAUUAGCAUACUACUUAGAGUUCCACAUAGAAUGAAGCUAUGUAUUGAGCAUUCAUUCUUAGCAUAAUUUGAAUAUGGAGUUUGGAACUAAACCCUAGUCUCAGUGAAUACACAGUUUAUGUACAAUGCAUAUGUUGUCACACCUAGUAGCCACAAGUGAAACAUACUGUACUGUACCCAUUCAUUCAUCUGACUUCACAUUGUAAAAGUAAAUGGGAAACAAAGAUUUACACUACAUUAUGAAUAUGACAAUAUUACAUCAUAAUUUUUUUAUGGUAUAAACAUAAAAUUAAUGAAUGAAUGAAUACUGUCAAUCCCUGUCCAGUGUGCCCAGUAAAUCAUUGGUGUGUUACUGUGCCAGGCGGAUCCACAUCACCAAGGCCACUCUGAACUACCUGAGUGGAGACUAUGAGGUGGAGCCAGGAUCAGGAGGAGAGAGGAACAUCUAUCUGAAGAAGCAUAACAUAGAAACCUACCUCAUCGUGGGCUGCAGCCAGAAAAGGGUAUGUGUGUGUGUGUGUGUGUGUGUGUGUGUGUGUGUGUGUCCGUGCGUGUGUGUGUGUGUGUCCGUGCGCGUGUCAUAUCAUAUCAGUCAGUGGCGAUAUCACAAGCCUUGGCUCUAAUCCAGCUAACAUGUCAUAUCGUGUGUGUGUGUGUGUGUGUGUUUGUGUCUGUGUGUAGAAAAAGGUAGAAAGGGAUAAGAGAGUAACAGUAACACAGAGUAACAGAUUAACAUAGAGUAACAGAGUAACAUAAGAGUAAAAUAGAGUAACAUAAAGUAAUUGAGUAAUAUAGAGUAACAGAGAGUAACAGAGAGUACCAUAGAGUAACAUAGAAUAACAGACAAUAACAUAGAGUAACAAAGAGUAACAUAGAGUAACAGAGGAACAUAGAGUACAGAAAGUAACAGAGAGUAACAGAGCAACAGAGUAAGAUAUAGUAACAUAGAGUAACAGAGUAAGAUUGAGUAAGUGCUCCAAUGUAUUAAUUUCACUUUUUUUUUUUUUACAUUUUAGUCAUUUAGCAGACGCUCUUAUCCAGAGCGACUUACAGUUUUUUUUUUUUUCAUACCCCCCGUGGGAAUCGAACCCACAACCCUGGCAUGGCAAACGCCAUGCUCUACCAACUGAGCUACAUCCCUAUUCAUUACACAGAUAUGAGUAAGAUGUCCAAUGUAAUUAUUACAUAUGGGAAAUAAACUUUCCCAUAUACUCUGGGCACCUGGGUGACUCUACCAUAAAUAAAACUAUGUGUGUGUGUGUGUGUGUGUGGUGUGUGGUGUGUGUGUGUGUGUGUGUGUGUGUGUGUGUGUGUGUGUGUGUGUGUGUGUGUGGGUCAUAUCACAUCAGUCCUGUGGCGAUAUCACAAGUUUUGACUCUAAUCCAGCUAACAAAUCAUAUCAUGUGUAUUUUCACAUGUAUCAUAUUACUAUAUACUCCAUUCUAACCUAUGGAUGAACUGGGAAUGGGUUGGUCCCCCUGUUACAUUAGUGAUAACUUUUAGUGUGCGUCCCAAAUGAGACCCUAUUCCCUAUAGAGUGCAAUACAGUUGACCUAGUGCACUAUAGGGAAUAGGGUGCAAUUUGAGACACAACCUUAGAGUUCGCUACCUUUCCCGUCCAGGUUGAAUCACUACAUUCAUCCCAGAUCAGCUAUCAAUACUUUUAACCAUAUUUAAUUGUAGAAGGAACCAUUGAAAAACAUGUAACUGAUCUACAGUAGAUUUAGUGAUUGUGAGCAUGCAUGGAAUUCAACUUCUAGAAAUACAAUAUACUAUAUCUGUCAGCCUGUGUCAUGGGUGGAAAGAGGGGGCCAGCCAGGGGAACUGGGUUCCGGUAGUCAGUAAAACCAUUUAAACAUUUAAACAUGCGCCUUUUAUGGUUCAUUAAUAAAGGAUUUUACAUUGGUAGCUUCCUUCCGACUUCCCAGAGUGACCUUUUCCAUUACCAUCCCUCAAUAUAUUAGUCUGUCUCCUUUGCCUUUCAGAAAGAAGAGAAGGCAAUGAUAGCCAAGAUGAACCGUCAGCGCGCCAAUUCUGUCACCCACAACACGGGCCACUGGACCGACCGGCCCUUCUACAACCACAUGGGAGGAAACCAGAUCUCCAAGGAGAUGAAGAGG